AUGAUAGAGCAAGAGGUGAUGAAGGUGGGGAAGAAGAGAGGAGGGACAAUGAUUGGGAACCAACGAAUACAUGUCAUGAAAUAUACGGAUGAUGUGGCGCUAGUUGCGGACACAGAAGAGGAGCUAAGAGGGAUGCUGAAAGAGCUGGAUGGAUACACAGAAGAGAAUAAGAUGGAGGUGAACGUGGAAAAAACAAAAAUUCUAAUAUGCAGAAAUGGAGGUAGAAAAAAGAAGGGAAAGAAAUGGAUGUAUAAAGGAAGUCAGGUCGAAGAAGUCAAAGAAUUUAAAUAUCUUGGGUACCAUUUCACCACAAGGAAUAGCGCAGGGAAACAAAAAAAGGAACUAGCACAAAAAGCACAAAAGGCCACAAAUGCAGUAUGGGGAGUGAUAAAAAGGAGCAAAAAAAACAGCAUGAGGGACAGGAUGUAUCUGAUGAACACUGUGGCAAGAACAGUAGCUUUGUACGGAGUGGAGGUCUGGGGGUGGGAAAAGUCGGAAGAAAUAGAGAGGGUGCAUAGGAGGCUCUGCAAGAUGGCAUUAGGAGUAAGAAGGGAUACACCAGAAUAUAUUUGGAGGGACGAGAUGGGAGUAGAAAAGAUGGAAGUAAUAUUAAAAGAAAGAGCAGUAAGAUAUAUGAAGGAUUGUAUGAUGAUGGAAAAAGAGAGAUGGCCAAGGAUAGCACUGAAAGAAGAAAUGAGAGGGAUUAUGAACAGGUGCCCGACGAAAUGGGGGAAAAUGGUGAAGGUUGCGCUAAAAAAAAUGUAA